CGGGAACUUAACGUGGCCAGCACCACCAACAUCAGCAAUACAGCAACAGCAACAGCAACGGCAACGGCAACGGCAACUGCAACGGCAGCGACAACAGCAACCACUACUUGCUCAUCGUCAGCAACCACCAUAACCACGCCCACAGGCACACCACCAUUGCCCCCGCUGCCCAACACAUUUAUAGCGAUCAAAACGAAGAGCGACAUCGGCAACAGCAGCAACAACAGUAACAGCAACUGCAACAGCAACAGCAACAGCCUCGCCCUGCACAGCGGCAACAGCAGCUUCAAGUCGAGCGGCAGCAACACAAACAGACGAUCGCCCAACGCACAGCAGCAGCCGCCGCCGUUGCCCAUGAAAAACGGCAGCAAGCAGAGCCAGCAGCAACACGACUCCCAGUACCAACAUCUCAGCUACAACAUGACACACCUGCAGCACCUGAAUGCGCGCACCAACAACACGCUCGACCGCAAACACGGCCACGGCCACGGCGAGGCCAGCGCUGGCGGUGACUACUGCACGCAAAUCAAUCCGCACUAUCUGCAGACCUUCGACAGCCUGGAUCGGGAUCACUACAGCGUGACCAAUCUGCAUGCGCAUGGGCAUCCGCAUCGCAGCCAGUCGAAGUCGCAGAUCUACAGCUAUGGCAGCAGCGGCACCGCCAGCGACACAUCCAACCAGCAGCAGCAGCUGCAGCACCCGCACUACCACAGCAGCAGCAACAUUGCACACAUUGAGCACCACUACCAGCAACACACUCACUCACACCAACAGCAGCMACAGCAGCAGCAGCAGCCACUGCCACACCACCACCAACACCACAGUCUGAAGCACACGAAACACAGCAAGGGCCACAAGAACAAGCACAGCUCGAAAAACAGCAAGUCUCAGGAUGAUUUUAAGGCCAUGCACAAGCAGCAGCAGCAGCAGCAGCAGCAAAAGUGCGGCAAGCAGCAGCAGCAGCAGCAACAGCAGCAGCUGUCAAGCAAACGCAAUUGCAACAACCAGCAACCACAACAGCAGCAUUAUUCCAGCUCCAGUGAUAGUUUACCAUUUGAUAAUAACUAUUAUUAAAACUGCACACUGCACACACACACACACGCAGGCACACGUACUAAAUCACUCACACAGUCACACAUUGCUGUCCCAGUUGUAAAGUGUUGUUGCCCACAGCGCACAUUCGAAGCCAACACACGCACGCACACAC